GAUGAUUACAACUGUGCGCCUGUUCUGGUUCUACAGAAAAAGCUAACGGAAACCAGGUUGCGAGCCGUGCUCCUCCUUGCACCGGGACACUGUUCCUUUUCGCUAUGCUUCUACAUCUGCGUCAUUAAACCUCACCAGCCAUGAGAAUCACAAACAGCACCGUGCCCGUCUACACGGUCUCCGGCUCUGCCACUUCGCGCAAUCUGCCAGACUGGCUGCCAGAAAAACAGAAGCGCAAGAAGGACCCCGAGUAUGCCAACCGGGUGGAACUGUUGCAGGAUUUCGAGUUCGAAGAAGCCAGUCAGUGCAUUCGCAUCAGUGAAGAUGGCGAAUGGGUCAUGAGCACUGGCACAUAUAAGCCGCAGAUUCAUACACACUAUUUGCCCAACCUGGCGCUUUCAUGGGCCAGGCAUACCAACACGCUGAACAAGACCUUUCUCCUUCUUUCUUCCGACUAUUCAAAAUCGGUCCAUCUCCAAGAGGAUCGGUCGAUAGAAUUCCAUACUCCUGGCGGCUGUCAUGACUCGUUACGAAUCCCACGGUACGGACGUGAUUUGGCAUACGAUAGGAGCAACACCGAACUAUUGGUGCCUACGGUCGGAGUUAAUUCGAAUGGAUUGGGAGAAGUCUUCCGAAUAAACCUUGAGCUGGGCCGUUUCAUGACUGCAUUUGAGGUGGACGUGGGAGGAAACGACCUGAACACUGUGGGAGGCGGGGCUUUGCAAGGAGGCAUCAAUGCUGGCAGUGUAAAUGUUGCCUCAGUGGCUGAAGGAAGCCAUAACCUCUACGCUUUCGGCACAUCUUUGGGGACAGUGGAAUAUUGGGAUGCCAGGUCAAGAGCACGAGUGGCCACUCUAGCGCUCCCUACAGAUUUUGAUGGGCGACCUCAGGUUACAGCACUUGACUUUCAUCGGUCAGGCAUCAACCAAGCUGUUGGGACCUCAUCUGGGCUCGUUUAUCUAUAUGAUCUUCGUUCUCCGGUUCCGACACUGAAAAAGGAUCAAGGCUACGGAUACCCUAUCCACUAUGUGCAGUAUCUGACGCCAUCAAGUUCAACCCGAGCCUCGACUUCGGAGCCAAAGGUGGCUUCUGCCGAUCGGCGAAUACUGAAGCUUUGGGAUCAACAUGAUGGCAAGCCGUGGACCUCUGUGGAGCCGGCUGUUGACAUCAACUGCGUGGCAUGGUGCAAGGACAGUGGCAUGUUUUUGACCGCCAACGAAGGCCGCCAACAACACGCUUUCUUCAUUCCUCAGCUCGGUCCUGCCCCGAGGUGGUGUUCGUUCUUGGACAACGUUGUGGAAGAAAUGGCGGAUGAUCCAAAUGAUCCGUAUGCGUUCUCCAAAACCAAGGUCGGCGAAGUCUACGACAACUACAAAUUCCUUACCCCGGCUCAGCUUCGCAUGCUCAACCUGGAUCAUCUCGUCGGAAAGACCAACCUGCUCAGACCUUACAUGCACGGUUUCUUCGUCGCCCAAGGUCUUUACGAGGAGGCUAGACUUAUCGCCAACCCCACCAGCUGGGAGGAAGAACGAGCCAAGCGCGUUCAAGAGAGAAUCGAUAAAGAACGCGAAAGCCGUAUCAGAGGGAAGAAGAAGAUCACAGCCAAGGUCAACCGUAAGAUGGUGGAGAAGAUUCUUGAACGGGAAGAGAAGAACGAGAGACGGCGUGCUCAACGAGUGUUGGCCCAAGGUGGCGACGAGAGUGCUGCUAUGGAGGCUGCUGCAACGGCUCAAAAUGGCGAGGAGAAGGGUCUGCUUGCGGAUUCUCGGUUCUCCAAAUUGUUCCAGGAUGAAGACUUUGCUGUGGAUGAGACCUCGAGAGAAUUCCAGCAGCUCAACGCCAGCACCAAAGUUGCUCCGCCCUCCAAUUUGGACCGUGAAAAGGGGCUUACUGCCGUCGAGGAAGAAGCAAUUGAUGAGGUACCUGGGUCAAGUGAUGAGGAUACUACAGAUGAGGAUGAGUCUGGACAUAACCGCUACAAGACCACGGAUCGAAUAUCCACCGCCGACUACAAACGCCGUCCUAACAAGAAAGAAAGAAAACGUGAUCAGAUGCAGAUGCGGGUCACUUCGUCAGGAUCGAAGGCAGCACCCAGAGCCACACAUGACAGUUCAUUCGCGUCUCGUGCUCAGAAUAUGCAACCCGUCCAGCGGACAAAACGGGCUACUGGGUUCGGCGGUGCUGUGGGCGACAAGGUAAUCACAUUUGAACCGAGCAGCAAGAAUUCGAAACCUGCAGAAAAGAGAGACGGUGGCACGAAAAAUGCGGGACGAUAUCAAGAUCGAAGAAGUGCUUCCGGCAAUACCUUCAGACGAAUGUGAUCGCAAGAGAGGUGGGAAUGAUUACAUCCAUAUCAUUCAUCAAAUCCGGAUAUUUUGCUUCGGGAUGCUGCCAACGCCGGGCGUGGUGUGCUGCAUCAGGCCAGGACAAGACCACAUCCGCAUGGAAGCUAUAUUCUGGAGCCUUUCCCUAUCUCUGGAUCCGUUGAAGCGCAUCAAUCACCUUUGUCGAAUGCGCAACAGCGCCAAAGAUCCCGCCCUCCAUCUUAACAGACUCCAAAGCAAACCGAUGCAGCUCCGCUGUCGCUGCAGCAGUUGCAUCCUCCAGAAGGACGCAGUCGAAGCCCCGAUCAUUGGCCUCCCUCAUGGUGGUGGACACACAGACAUCCGUGGUGACACCAGCCAGAAUCAAGUUUUUGAUUCCACGCAGCCGGAGGAGAUGUUCAAAAUCAGUAUGAGCGAACGCUCCUCGUCCCGGUUUAUCUAUGACAAGCUCGUCAAUACGUGGAUACAAUUCAGCUAUCACGUCAUGGCCGGCUUCUCCCCGGACAAGGAAUCUUCCUAAGGGGCCUUUGUCCCCAAUGCCCAGAUGGUGGGGAUUGUUCCUUGAGCGAAAGCGUUCUCGACUUGACAAUGUUGAAAGAUCAGGUCUGUGGCCUACGACUUCUGUCAGUGUCUUGGCCAGGCUUUACAUGUGCGGCUGCUCAACAUUUCGACAAACCUACCUUCUCGAGUGAAGAAGAUGGGCAAAUGGGCGCGACGGGCCGCAGUAAGGAUGCUCUGAAGUUUCGGGAUAAUAGCUCGAGCGCUGUCUACCUCGUACCCUUGACAGUCGAAGUAGCCUCCGACUUCGCAGACUGCUCUCUACUCAGCUCAGUCACUUGUGCACUCGAGGCCUUGUUUGGGGGCCAAUAUUGCAUGCUUACAGUCACGCUGCAUGUCGAUAAUCACAAGGGCCGUGGUCUCUCUGCUGAAUGAUGCAUCGUGAGGCCAGUUGUAUGGCGAGGCAGCGACCUGGCCGUUAUCCAGCUCUCGCCGCAUCAUUGCUUUGAAUAAACACCUCCUUCAGGUAGAUGCCCAAUAAUGUGAGAGCAGGAAUAUAUUUAAGCUGCCCUCGAGCAUUUCAUAUACCUAGGUACUUAGGCAGAAAAUUUGACAAGAGAGUUCCCUGUAACACGGAGAUUCGCGCUUGAAAUGA